CUCACGCAAAAGAUCAGCGCCGGCGAAUAGUUUGAGACAGUGAUGGCUACCAGCGGAGAGGAGAAACCAGUGAUGAUAGUGGGUAUCGACGAAAGUGAGCAGAGCACCUACGCAUUGGAGUGGACUCUCGAUCGUUUCUUCGCUCCCUACGCUCCCAAUUUCCCUUUCAAACUCAUCAUCGUCCACGCCAAGCCUAACGCCGUCGCCUCCGUUGGUCUCGCUGGUCCCGGAACUGCGGAGGUUGUGCCUUAUGUUGAUGCUGAUUUGAAGCAUACCGCUGUUAAGGUUAUCGAGAAAGCCAAAGGACUCUGUCAGACCAAGUCGGUUCAUGGCGCAAUGAUAGAAGUUUUUGAAGGCGAUGCAAGGAAUGUUCUGUGCGAGGUUGUUGAUAAACACCAUGCUUCUCUUCUCGUUGUUGGAAGCCAUGGUUAUGGAGCUAUCAAGAGGGCCGUUCUCGGGAGCGUCAGUGAUUACUGUGCUCAUCAUGCUCAUUGCUCGGUGAUGAUCGUUAAGAAGCCUAAAAUCAAGGUCUGAAUCAAGUAUCUUAGUCAAAGCAGUGAGAUGUGAAAUAAUGUUAGCUUCAAUGUGUGAAACUAUCUAAGACGAUCCAUCUGUGUGUGUAAUUGUGUAAACUAUAACUUCCCGUUUAAUGAUAUUGUGGGUUAUCUUUCUCGGUUACCCGGAAAAUAAGUUAUCACAACUUAAAAGUCUCAUGUGAAAAAGAGGCUGCAGAAGAAAAUAGUAAGAAGCUGAUUAGUUGAUUUUGUAUUUUGUUUCUCUUGGAAAAUAAAUCCUAUUGCCAUAUUUAAA